AUGCCCCCCCCCCACAAGCGUGGGGAGGAGGUGCUGGAGACUCUGAGGAAGCAGAGGUUGGCCAAGCUGCAGGCCAAGCUCAGGAAUGCUGGCAAUGCAGCCCAGCAGGAAGCAAGGCACAGGGAAGCAGAGAUGGGACACAGUAUCUUAGCCCACGUGCUGGAUCGGUCAGCCUGGGCCAGAUUAAGUAACUUAGCACCUGUAGAGCCUGGAAAAACUGAAGCAGUAGAGAAGUACUUCACACAGAUGGUAAGAUAUGGACAACUAAGUGGGAGGGUAUCUGAACCAGGUUUAAUAGACACCCUUGAAAAAAAAAAAGAAAAAGUAAGCCAACCAACAGAAAAGAAAACAGCAGUUAAAUUCAACAGAAGAAAAGUAUGAACUGAUGAAGAGGAUGAUUAUUGA